AUGUCUCUCAAGCCCAUCACUGUCUACGGCCACGCCGGGGGUCCCAAUCCCUGGAAGGUGAUCAUGAUCCUCGAGGAGUUGAACAUCCCCUACACCCACAAGAUCGUCGAUUUCCCAGACAUGAAGAAAGAACCAUUCGAAUCAAUCAACCCCAACGGCCGAGUCCCCGCAAUUGAAGACCCCAACACCGACACCACCCUCUGGGAAUCCGGUGCCAUCCUCGAAUACCUAGUUGAGACCUACGACAAGCAAAACACCAUCAGCUUUGCCCCUGGUUCAAAAGACUACUUCCAGGCCAAGCAAUGGCUGCACUUCCAGGUUUCCGGUCAAGGCCCAUACUUCGGCCAGGCCGUUUGGUUCACUCGGUACCACCCGGAGAAGAUUCAGAGUGCAGUUGACCGCUAUGUCAAGGAAAUCCGCCGUGUUACCGGUGUGCUUGACCGCGCGCUCCAGGGCAAGGAAUAUCUCGUUGGAGAUAAGUACAGCUUUGUUGAUGCUGCCUUUGUGCCGUGGUAUGCUGUUGCUGCCAUGUUUGAGAUUAAUGUGGAGGAGGAGUUCCCCAAUACCGCUGCUUGGUUGAAGCGUGUGCAGGAGCGUCCUGCUAUUGCCAAGGCUAUUCAGGACCGGGCUGAGGCUGUUGCGAAGCACUAA